ACAGCCAUAUUUGAUUCGAUUAUGCUGCUCUGGCUGCGACAAACAGUUUAGCCAGCUCUCCUCAGAAAAACGGUGUUCUACCUUCACUACGAGGUCGCCUCCGAGGUUCAUCUGCGACGGAAUCCAGCUGCAUUCUCAGUAACAACAGUUUAUAACCUGUAGUCAACCAUGAAUCCCGAAUAUGACUAUUUAUUCAAACUGCUCCUGAUCGGUGAUUCUGGUGUCGGAAAGUCUUGUCUCCUCCUCCGGUUUGCAGAUGACACGUACACAGAGAGCUACAUUAGCACCAUCGGUGUGGACUUCAAGAUCAGGACCAUCGAGCUGGACGGAAAGACCAUAAAGCUUCAGAUUUGGGACACGGCCGGUCAGGAGAGGUUCCGCACCAUCACAUCCAGUUACUACAGAGGAGCGCACGGCAUCAUAGUCGUUUAUGACGUGACAGACCAGGAGUCCUUCAACAACGUCAAACAGUGGCUGCAGGAGAUCGACCGCUACGCCAGCGAGAACGUCAACAAGCUGCUAGUAGGCAACAAGUGCGACCUCACAACGAAGAAGGUUGUGGAUUACACCACAGCGAAGGAAUUUGCCGACAACCUGGGGAUCCCCUUCCUGGAGACCAGCGCCAAGAGUGCCACCAACGUGGAGCAAGCCUUCAUGACCAUGGCGGCCGAGAUCAAGAAGAGGAUGGGCCCCGGGGCCACGGCCGGCGCCUCCGAGAAGUCCAACAUCAAGAUCCAGAGCAAGCCAGUGAACACCUCGUCCGGAGGCUGCUGCUGAGACCCGACAACUGCCACGACCUGAAUCCACCCCGAGCCCACGACCAGUCUCAAUGUUACCAUGAUCCACAGGGAAAGAACCAGAGAGAGAAAAAGAGAGAGAGAGAGAGAGAGGGAGAGACACGAAGACUUUGAGUGGACCGGUUUGUAAUUGUGUGUGCAGCUACAACACCAGAUUUCCACCACACCAUUUCAAAGUCAGCAGUAGGACGGUAAGCCCAUCCAAACCCACAGAACACACGGGCGGUUCUUUUUCUUUACUUUACCAAAACACAGUCAUACUGGAAACAAAACCACAUGUAAACAAUUUUUAACAGUGUGUGAAGUUAACCAAUGAGAGAGAACACAUGUAUACAGCUUUUCUUUCUUUUCUUGUUUCUUUGUUUGCCCUCCUUUUGUUAAAUGAGUCACUUUUCUAAAACUGAAAAAAAAGAAAAGAAAAAACAGAAAAAAAACACAAGGUUGUCUUUAUUCAGCUGUGGAGAACAGCAUGACUUUGGCCCCCAAUCUCCUCCAACAUAUGAUUAGUAAGCACUUCGAAUGAAGCACAUGCUUAAACCAGCAUCAUGCAUGUUCGACCUGAUCACACGCCUCCCUCGGCUGCGUGCGAUCACAAGCGAGUGGCUCAAACAUCAGCCAGGAAACGCUCCGAUAACGCCACCUCGCAGAGUCGCCCCUGACAAACCACGUGCCUUUGUGGCAGGAGAUUUACAUGACAUUUAUGCCUUCGGUGCUCCUGUGUUGUCGGUAUAUUCCCCCUCAUAUGCCCGCAGUCGUGACUUCUCAAAGAAUCCACUUUGUAUGAUAGCAGUUAACAUUCCUGUAUAUAUCUAUAUUCGGCUCUGUGUGCUCUGCUGGUGUCCACGAUACAAUAAGCAUGUGCUGCAUUGGGAGACGUGACGUCAGCCGUGUGUCUUUCUCUGCUAAUGUUUCUCAACCAACAGCACAACCGCAACAGGAGAAAUGAAAACCACCAUCCCAGCUCGAGAAUAAUCUAUAAACUGUAUAUAUUUAUACAUAAAUGUAAGAAGUGAUUUGCAAAAAUUGUGUAGAGAAGCAAGUGAAGCGAAUGACAUGAUAAGUAGCUGGAAUUAGUAAUCUCGGCACGUGAUUUGUGGCUGCGGACAUGACAUUUUUGUGGCACAAUGUCGACUAUUAAAACAAUGAAGGAGAUCUUUGAUAACCGCUCGUCCUCACGGUGUGUUUUAUUUCCCAUCUGCACGCUUUUCUUCACCCUUGUUGUUGGGCCUCAGUGGCAGCUUUGUUUGAGCCGGUUCCUUCAGCGGCCAUAAGCUGAGAGGAAUGAUGAUCUCUGGCCCACAUUUCUCCGGCUGCACUGAAGGCUUCUGUUCGACUACAGCAGCUUGUUACACUGAGUGUGAAAGUCCUGACAGCAAAGAAACACCAUGAAGUCACAGUGCAGGAGAACAGAGAGAGUUUUCUACUGUUCAGGUUCUGUGGUUUCAGACAAGAGCAGUGACAGGAAAUACAAGUACGAGGGCUGAGUAGUUGGUCUUCAAAUAUCACAAUAUUUAUCGAUCAUCAGGGCCGAUAGUCAGCAUUUAUCUGACUCAUCAGUGUCAAUGAUAUUUCUGUCAGAUUGUUGAUUAAAAUAAACAUAUUUAAAACACAA